CUCAUUUUUUUGUCAAAGUUGUUCUCUCUCCUUUUGUUGCAAUGGCUGCUACCAAUGAAGUGAUUGUGGCAAUGGUGCCAUUUCCUGAUUACAGCCAUCUAAAUAGCCUCUUUGAUCUUGCUCGUUACAUGGCGUUCCAUAAUAUACCAGUACACUUCCUCUGUUUUGCUGAUGUGAACAAAGACUUGAAACUACGCUUUCAAGGUGGCUUCAACAUCCAUUUCAAUGACCUCUUGAGACCUUCUUCUCCGAUAGAAAAAGAAGAUCGCUAUGGAGUGCCUCCGAUUCUAAUGUAUCUGGAAAAACUCAAGGAGCCUAUUUACGAAAUAUGCGUUGAACUCUCCACCAAAGCAAAGAGAUUAGUCAUAAUUCAUGACCUUAUAAUGAGUGAACCAAUAUUAGAUGUCCAUACAUUGUUGAAUGUCAAAUCUUAUAUCUUCCAAACUGGGUCGACUUUUAACAGAUACUCUGCCUUCAAACAAACUAUUCCGGACAUAAUUGAGGAUGACGAUGAUCAUGAAAAACUCGUCAAGCAAAUGCAGGAUGAGUUUCCAUUGUUGGAGCCACAUGAGAAAUUUCUCUUUGAAAUGGAGCUUGAAUUGAAGCACCAAUCCGGAGAAAUCAUAAACUCGUGUAAAGAAGUGGAAGGUAGGUACCCAGAGUUACUUGCCAAUGCAAAAGAAAAGCCAAUAUGGGCUUUUGGUCCAUUUCAUAUGUUGCUAGAUUCUUCGUCUAGCAACAACAUGACUCGUAGUCUAGAAUUAUUUCUCGACAAGCAAGAUGAUAACUCAGUAAUAUUCGUGUCAUUUGGAUCAACUACUACAUUAUCACAAGAGCAAGUGAAUGAGCUCGCUCGGGGUUUAGAACAAAGCAACCAUAGAUUUAUAUGGGUACUAAGAAAAGGAGAUAAUGUGGAGAAACUUAAAGAGAAAUUAGACGGAAAGAUUGAAUUACCAGAAGGGUUUGAAGAGAGAGUGGAAGGAAGAGGAAUGGUGGUAAAUUGGGCACCACAGUUGGAAAUCUUGGGGCAUUCAUCUACGGGUGGGUUUUUGAGUCAUUGUGGAUGGAAUUCUUGUAUUGAGAGCAUUAGUAUGGGAGUGCCUCUAGCAACUUGGCCAAUUAGUUACGAUCAUCCAUUUAACUCUAUAUUAGUAACCAAUUUGUUGAAGAUUGGAAUAUCUGUCAAGAGUUGGUCUCACCGGGAUGAAUUGGUAACAGCAUCAACCAUUGAGAAAGCUGUCAAGACAUUGAUGGGUACGAUACAAGGGGAUGAGAUGAGGCAAAGGGCGGUGGAAUUGAGCGAAAAGAUCAAAAGCUCUGCUAGCCGUGGAGGACUUGCACGUAAGGAAAUGGAAUCUUUCAUAUCACAUAUUAUUAAAUAACCUCACAAGGAGUAUCUUUGCUAAGAAGAAAGCCACCAUUUUUAUGGUUCUGCUCUACUUUUUCUAUCUUAUCUUUGUUGUUAAAUAAAAGAUUAGUCAUCUUGCAACCUU